AUGAGUGCGGCCACCACGACCGUGGGUUGCGUCGCAAUUUUCGUUGCCGUAGGAAUUACCGUCUGCCUGCUCUUUGUUGGCUACCUCUUCAACGACAUUAACGAUUUCUACGAAGAUACGAUCGGAGAAUUAGUUCUAUUCCAGGAACUGGUGAAUACGGCGUGGAAUAGGAUGAAGCCCAGUCCAAAGGACGCUUUCAGGUACAGGAGAACAGUCGUCGAGAGAGAUGGAUAUCAGAGUAUGUGCAAUUGCGCUCCACAACCGAUUAACUGCCCACCCGGACCGCCUGGUCCUCCGGGACGCUCGGGUCAACCUGGAUACGAUGGGAAACCUGGCAAGCCGGGUCUGCCUGGUGUUGACGGACCACCACAUUACGGAUUUGAAGAGCCACCUGGGUGCAUCAAAUGCCCUGCUGGUCCACCUGGACGACGUGGUCCAACGGGACCUGCCGGCUUGCAAGGAUAUGACGGUUUACCGGGACUGCGUGGUCUAGACGGUGACGUUGGCACGCCAGGACCACCAGGACCAGUUGGUGAUCAGGGACCUCCAGGUAUACCAGGAAGUCCUGGAACUCCUGGCACUGCUGGAAGGUCUGUACAGCACGCUCUUUGUGGACCGGGGCCAAUGGGACCGAUGGGUAGACCUGGUGUACCUGGAGCCGAUGGGCCCAAUGGAAGUGAAGCAGCUGCUGGAGAAAUCGGGCCGCCAGGACCACCGGGGCCGCCUGGCAAUCCUGGAGGACCUGGAGAAGAUGGUCUACCCGGACCAGACGGACCACAGGGUCUACCAGGAACUGAUGCGGACUAUUGCAAAUGUCCACCUAGUUCUUUGAAGAACUACGGUGAUCUAGAACUACCUGAACUACCUCUACAAGUCGACUAUGCAGAUGAACUGGUGGAAGUACACAGACAGCGCGCUUUCGACGCAAAAACCUUACGAGUUGUCAGAAAAGCAACCCACUCGUCAACAGCCGCGUAA